GCAUAUUUUUAAGAGUCCUAUCCACAAUGCCGACUCAGUUUACUUUAACGAUUAUUGCCCAAUUUUAAACUGUUUUCUGUACAUUUAAAAUUACUGCUUUGUUCUCAAAAGGUUUUGUUCGUACUACUGAAAUAGAGUCGAUCAUUGACAAUGCUGUCGUUGCAACCUUAUCAUCCGGUAGUGUAUCAGCUUUCACAACUAUCUAACUGUUUAACCACAUCAACAGCACAACUAGUAAAUGGGUUUAAAGCUUCAAAGGUCUCCCAUAGGAGGAAAAGUUCUUUCAAGCCAGUUACUAUAACAUGUAAUGAAAGUUUUGACGAGGCUGUGAAAAAUUUAAAGAGUGAGAUGAUUUUGUACAUUACCAAACCAAAUUUAAGAUGGUGUCGGUUAGGUAACAAAUUGAUGGGGGCUCAAACAAGUAUUUACUUAAGUGAAUCAAAGAAAUCUACUCAGUUGAGGUUGCCAAUUUUUCAAAAAACAAAGCAUGCCACUUGGGAUGUGUCACCAUUAUUUGGUGCAAGCAAAGGUCUACACCACCUUCCGUCUUCGAAGAUCUCCAACCUGGUAUGCAUCCUGUCCUCUAAAAAUGGUUUACUCCAUAUAAACAACCACACCUUUCAGGUGAGAGGGUUCAAAACAGAGCGAAUGGUGGAGAAAGAAAAAGAAAAAUGGCUUGGUGCAUUCUAUCAGAAGCGAAAGGCAAACCCUGAAAUUGGAGAACAUUACUUGGAAAAGUUUGAUCCCAAAAGUGUUGCUGAGUUUAUUUCAAUUUAUCAACAAAUUGAAAAGAAAAUCUCCACCAGAUGGUAUACAAGAGUGUCUUGGAUGUUUGGUGGUAGUAUAUUAGCUACAAUUCUCUUAGCUUAUGUCUUUUUUACAAGAUUCAAUGGGAAUAGGUUUAAUGCAUUCAACUCAGAAGAAGUCAACGUGACAUUUGAUGAUUUCAGAGGGUGCGAACAAGUCAAAAACGAGCUGAAAACAGUGGUGAAUAGUUUGAAAAAUCCUAAGACUUUUUCACAACUUGGAGCUAGGGCACCCAAAGGUGUUCUGAUGGUUGGAGAGCCUGGUGUUGGGAAGACCCUGCUUGCUAGGGCUAUUGCUGGAGAAGCAGGGGUGCCGUUUUUCUUCGUUGCUGGGUCUGAAUUUGAUGAGACUUUUGUUGGAAUGGGUUCUAAGCGAAUUCGUGAAUUGUUCCGUGUUGCUAGAGAAAAUGCCCCAUGUGUUGUCUUUUUUGAUGAAAUUGAUACAGUUGGAAGGAAGAGAGUAAACUCCCAUUUUCAUCCAUAUGCUAACCAAACUAUCAAUCAGCUGCUCUCUGAAAUGGAUGGCUUUGAAGUAAACUCGGGAGUGAUGGUCCUAGCUGCUACCAACAGAGAUGAUGAUUUGGACCCUGCUCUCAUGAGGCCCGGCCGUUUUGAUAUGACCAUCAAGGUACCUGUCCCCUCAAGUUCAGAAAGACGCGAUAUUAUUGAGUAUUACUUGCAGAAAGUUGCUUGCCGAAACAUUGACAUUGAUCAAGUUGUUAGAUUGACAAGUGACUGGAAUGGUGCUAGGCUUGAAAAUCUUAUUAACUGGGCCGCAAUUAACGCCGCCGUCGAAAAUGCAGAGUAUGUGGGGAUGCAUCACAUAUUUGAAGCAUUUGAUAGAUUAGUAUUGGGUGUUGCCUGGGGCUCUUCUAGUGAAAUUAUGGCAUCAGAUAUGAGAAUAACUGCUUACCAUGAGGCAGGUCACACACUAGUUGCAAUCUUAACUCCAGGCACUAAUGCAGUGCACAAGGUAACAAUUGAACCUCGGGGCCCUGCACUAGGACAUACAACCUUCCUUGAAGGAAAUGCCAGACAUAAAACCAAGGCAGAAUACAAAGCAGAGAUGGACAUCUGUUUUGGAGGAACAGUUGCUGAAGAGCUACUUUAUGGAACUGAUGGUGUGUCCAGUGGAUGCGCCUCAGAUAUAAAUGUUGCUACUAAACUUGCCAAAAUGAUGGUGAAAUCUUUUGGCAUGGAAACCAACAGCCGUGUCAUAAACGAAGAAGAAAAGCUUGGCGAGGCAGCGCAAUCAGUUGUAGAUUCAGAUAUAGACAUUCUUCUUAAGGAAUCUAAGGAGCGUGCCAGGAAGUUAUUAUCAACUCAUGCUGAUGAUCUACAUAAAUUAGCAGGUGCUUUGAUUAAGUAUAAAACUCUUUCAGCAACAGAAGUCAUGCAAGUCCUAGGCAAAAAUGAUGAUGUGAAGUCUCUGGCAGAAUAGUAGACUGUACAUACCUUUAUGUAUUGAAAAUUUACUAUUUCACUUAGACUUAAGUCAAAUGUACAUACCUUCAACAUAAACAUGGACCGUCGCGUAGUGGUCCCAUUAUUUAGACUGCUUCUCUAUAGUUCAACACUAUACCAAAAUUGACGAUACUGUCACACCCCUUAUGUGCAUCCUACCAAAUAUUUUGAAUUUCUAAAGCACAUUGCUUGAUCUAAGCUGCCUUAAAUAUGUAAAUAGUAUUAAAUCCCUUUGCCGUAAAUUGCGUUUGUUUGUAAUGACCCAUUCACUGUACUUUAUAAUUGUGAAAUGAUAUUGUGGUUUUAUUUUUCUUUCUUCUCCUAGAAAAAUAUAUUAGUGGGUAAAUUUAUGUCUUAUUCUUGUUGCUGGUGGAUAAAAAUAAAUUAGUGUGACCUCGUGA